GUCAAAUAUUCUCAGUGCGUCUCCUCCACCUCAACUUCAAUCAUUGGUCUUAGAGACAGGGAUCUUGUUCCUCAGCUUGAAGAACUCUGUCGUGGCUUCUUGGACAUGUGGAAGUCAAUGUGUCGGUACCACGAAGCUCAGAACCACAUUGUGCAACAAGUAAGUGGCCUUGUAAACAGAUCUGGAAAUGGUGACCCUACUUCUGAACUGCAUAGGCUGGCAACCCGUGAUCUGGAGUCUGUUGUCUCUGCUUGGAGCUCUAGUUUCUACCGCCUGAUAAAAUUCCAGAGGGACUUUAUUCGUUCCCUCGAUGGCUGGUUUGAGCUCACCCUUAUCCUUGUAAGCAACGACAAUGUUGAAGGCAGCAUGGAACCCUCUACCAAGCUUGAGAAGAAGGCUUCAACCCUUCGGAGCAUAGAAGGGAAAGAUAAUGGACAUGUUUUAGGUCAGGAUCCUCUUGCAGAUAAGAAAUUAGAGCAUGCAGCCUGCCAAAGGCGGAUGGAAGAUGAAAACCUGUGGCUUUCCAAGGCAAUUGAGGAAACAAGAGCUGUGAUACUGAAUAGUCUCCAACCAUUCUUGUCAAGGGUUUUCGAAGAGUUAAUUGGUCUCUCUGUCUCACUUGACACAGUUUGUCCCGUUCCUAGGCUAGAAGAAGAAGAAGAAGUUCCGAGGCUAGAAGAUGUCUCUGUCACACUUGACACAGUUUGUCCCGUUCCUAGGCCAGAAGAAGAAGAAGUUCCUAGGCUAGAAGAAGAUGUCUCUGUCUCACUUGACAUAGUUUGUCUCGUUCCUAGGCUAGAAGAAGAAGAAGAAGUUCCUAGGCUAGAAGAAGAUGUCUCUGUCUCACUUGACUCAGUUUGUCCCGUUCUUAGGCUAGAAGAAAAAGAAGAAGUAGAAGAAGAAGAAGAUCUCACUUGAGAUAGUUUGUUCCGUUCCUAGGCUAGAAGAAGAAGAAGUUCCUAGGCUAGAAGAUGUCUCUGUCUCACUUGACACAGUUUGUCCCGUUCCUAGGCUAGAAGAUGAUGUCUCUGUCUCACUUGACACAGUUUGUCCCGUUCCUAGGCUAGAAGAAGAGAAGAAGAAGAAGAAGAAGCUAUUUGUCCCGUUCCUAGGAUCGAAAAAGGAGAAGAAGAAGAAGAAGAAAAUUGAGGGAUUGAGAAUUGAGAUUGUUAACACUUUUUUUUUUUGAACGGCAAAAGGUAACAUUUAUUAAGAAGAUGUUAAUUGAGGGAUUGAGAAGAAGAAGAAGAAGAUGUUAAUUGAGGGAUUGAGAAUAGAGAUUGUUAACAAUU